AGGAUUUAAGGUAACACACCCUCUUCCGGCCAGCUCAUCUGAACUCUGCUGUCAGUUCAAAUGUGUCACUUUCUGCCACUCGGUCAACAAAUCAAUCGCUUCGCUUCAAAACAGACCGAAGUUAAAGAGUAAAGACAACAGGCGAAAUGGUGCUGCUGACGAUGAUUGUUCGUGUCGCGGACAGCCUGCCGCUCGCCGCGUCGAUGCAGGAGGACGAGCAGUCAGGACGAGACUUACAGAAGUAUCAGAGUCAAGCCAAGCAGCUCUGCAGAAAACUCAACGACCAGAGUCCCGCGCGCUGCACGCUGGAGGCAGGAGCCAUGGCCUUUCACUACGUCAUUGAGAAAGGAGUGUGUUACUUGGCCUUGUGUGAAGCAGGAUUUUCCAAGAAACUGGCGUUUGCCUAUCUGGAGGAUCUGGAGGGAGAAUUCAGUGAGCAGUACGGGACUAAAGUCCCUUCAGUGUCACGGCCGUACUUUUUUAUCGAAUUUGACACAUAUAUUCAGAAAACCAAAAAGUCUUACAUCGACAGCAGAGCACGAAGAAACCUGGGCAACAUCAAUUCAGAGUUACACGAUGUGCAAAGGAUCAUGGUUGCUAAUAUCGAGGAAGUGCUCCAGCGUGGAGAAGCGUUAUCUGCUUUGGAUACCAAAGCUAGUAAUCUGUCCAACCUGUCGAAGAAGUACCGCAGCGAUGCCAAGUACCUCAACACUCGGUCCACGUAUGCUAAAGUGGCGGCCGGCGCUGUGAUUUUAAUCACACUCAUUGUUUAUGUGCGCUUCUGGUGGCUGUGAAUGUAUGUGACAAAUUCAAGCAGAAACUCAGGGCCUCGCUCACAAAAAUGGUUCAGACACCAGAGUCUGUUCCGGCCUUAAGAUCGUGUCUGUUUGAGACACUGAAUGUAGCUGUCUGUGAAGUUUUGUCGAGUUCAUGAUGCUGUUGUCUUUUUACAGUUGUACCCUGCUUUAUUUAUAACAUAUCUCAGUGGUAGGUGUUAACGAUGUACUCGUUGCCUUGUCUGUGUUCAAGAUGUUGAUAACAGAGCUAUGCAAAGUAUAUGUGGAGUUUAUAUGAAAUCACAUGUGUAGCUGGUGGUGGAACAUUGGUGCAUCUUUGUUGGGACAGAUUUUAGGUGCCCACUCUGUCAAAUAUAACUUUUAUUUGUGAUAUGAAUGCACAAUGUAAAGGUGCUUUUGUAGGAACAAAGUAAAUUCAGACAAAUUAAUUGUAA